AUGUGUAAAAAUGUACCGAAAUGUGCUCAAUGUGAUGGAGAUCAUCAUUCGUUGGAUAGUCAAUGUCAGGUUUUAAAAGAAUAUAAAGAUCAAUUAAAGGAAGAUGUCGAAGAUGCCAUACAAAAAGGACUAUUACAGCGAUUCUCACCGCAAGAGAAAGCACCUACAUUUGAACGUCGAGAGCAAGACUUUCCACCAUUAGCAGCAAGUGAUAAUCAUUCCAAUAAAAAAUGGAAUACUGCGCUACCACGUACAACUGCUGAGUCGAAUGACUUACGAGCAUCAUAUACUGAUAAAACAAUUGAAUCCAUCAAUGAUAAUCUGACAAAACUAAUCGAUAGUAACAAACGGCUUGAAAAUAAAGUUGAUCUAGUAUCAUCAAGUAUAAAGACCGUUACUCUUGAUAUUCAGCUAUAUCAAGCAGUCUUAGCAGAUACUAUCAAUAUUAUGAAAGACUUCAUGCAAUAUGUUAUACCAGCAUCGUUAACUGCUAGCAAAGUUGAAAGAUCAUCGUUGGUACAAGUCACGAGCGAAUACUACAAACGCCUUCAUGUCGUGUCCUCAAGAUUAAUAAAUGGUUUCCAAUUAAAUCAAUUAAAUCAGCAAGUUGAACUGUUUGUGCAUAAUACUAACAUUGAUCAACACUCUGCAUCAGUUCACAAAUCUUCACAGAAUGAUAAGUAG